AGGGGGGAAGAAAAAAGCGGGGGGCAAGAAGUCGCCUAAUUCUAAUUCGAGGAUUGGAUUAGGCGCUUCUUCGUCCCACGCCACACCACACCGCACCGACCACAUUCCUCUGUACGUAAAAUAAUAGCAUAGCAUAAAAUUAAUUAAACUGAGUAUCGAUCGGAUCGAGAUCGAGCAUGGAUGGUUUGGUUGGGCUGUUGAAGGUGCGCGUGGUGCGUGGGAUCAACCUUGCCUACCGCGACGCAAGAGGCAGUGAUCCAUAUGUUGUCCUUCGCCUCGGCAAGCAGAAACUGAAGACCAGCGUGAAGAAGCGAUCUGUGAACCCUAUCUGGCAUGAGGAGUUAACCCUGUCAAUCACGAACCCGAAUGCACCGAUCAAGCUUGCGGUGUUUGACAAGGACACCUUCAGCAAGGACGACCCAAUGGGGAACGCGGACAUCGAGGUGCUGCCCUUUACGGAGGUCCUGGAACUGGACACCGAGGGCAUCCGCAACGGCACCGUGGUGCGGUCGGUCGCGCCGAGCAGCGGGAACUGCCUCGCCGAGGAGAGCCGCGUGUGCUGGAAGAACGGCAAGUUCGUCCAGGACAUGAUCCUGCGCCUCCGGAACGUCGAGAGUGGGGAAAUAAUGCUGAAGCUGGAGUGGGUCAAUAUGAAGAAGUGACCCGGCAUGAUCAACAACAUGCACAUGCAUGCAGAGUACAGUAUAUCUCGAUCCAUCUAUCCACCCGCCUGUUGCAGAUGUCGGAUUGUAACCAGCAAACUUAUCGGAUUACACCCCGCCCCGCUGUGCUGUGUGUAGUUAGAAAAGAAAAUGGAUUUCUAAACGGUGACAGUCCAGGACAUUGUUUGUAA